AUGACAGUGCAUAGCAUUAUUUUGAUUGUACUUGCUUUACUUAUCCAAAGCCAUGGUUGUAUAUUGCUAUACGAAACAGAAAAUAACGAAUCUGCAGAAUACAAAGAUUGCGUCUACUACAAUUCAGAGGAUGACUCUACGAUUAAAUACUGUUUCCGAUAUAUCAAUUCAUCUAUACUUCAAACACCGUACACGAACUGUACUACUAACGGCGAACAGCGAUUUUUCCAAGAUCUAUUAGCCAAUAAUGUUUCUCCUAUUACUAUUUUGACAUGGAGUUCAAGUAUAGAAAUGGUAGAUAAGUAUGCCUAUUUUUUCUACAAUCGCUCAGUAGUAUUAAAUACAAAUGAUUUUCUGUGCAACUGUACCAGACGUGGUUCAUUUGGCAAAUACUGCGAGUAUGAAUUGUUGUUUGGAGCUCUAACAGUCUCUGAUUCAUUUUUAAUUCAAUUCGAAAUAAAGAAAGAUAUUACAGAAAAUCAGAGAUGGGCAAAAAUCGUUUGCUAUGAGACAUUGUCAUGUAAUUUUGGUAUGCUUUGUCUUGAUUGGAGAAAUGUAUGCGAUGGUGAGCAACAAUGCAUCGAUGGAUUGGAUGAAGAAAAUUGUGAUAAAUUAGAAUUUAACGAAUGUGACGAGGAUGAAUACAGAUGCAGCAAUGGUAUGUGCAUCACUGAACUUUAUUUCUUAGAUGGUGACCCAGACUGUAUGGACCACAGUGACGAAGCAUAUAUAGAAGGUCCUACAUGUUAUAUUAAACCAUACACUUUCGUUUGUGAUGAAUACAAAGGUAUAAGAGAAUUGUGGUCAUGUGGAGACGGAGAAUUGGUAGCAUCUCAUGUUCAAUUGCCUUUUCAGACUUUGAUUCCAUUAAUUCAGCACUGUAAUAAUCUUCGCAAUAUUAAUCAUAUGUGCGAAACCUUGCGUGAUGAGGCAGCCUGGACUUUGUCAAGCGGUACGUGUGAAUUUGAACGAGGCUACGAUGAUCCACGAUUUAAUAUAACUACAAUUAAGACCAAUGCCACUGAAGCCUGUACCUAUCUACUGAGAUGUGCUUUGACCAAUGGCUUUGAACGUGAUUGUCCAUGUGGCAAGACAGUAUCUUGCAAAGAGCUCAUGCUUUCACUAUGUCCCAAUCCAGAAAUGAUUCCUUAUCAAAAUUUGGGAUUGAUUCGACCUUAUAUCUUCUUUUUCUAUUCUGUACAAGACGAGUAUUCUGAUAAGGUACCAACACACUUUCUUGUAUUGGGAAGCAUUCAAUGUCAUGGUUAUCUAGGACAAGUAUCUCAAACAGAGAAACCAGUUUAUUUGACUUAUAAUAUCGACUUUAUCAGAAAUGGCAUGAGAGAUGAAAGCUUCUGUGGAAGCCAUUUUAUAGAACGAAAUACGUCAUCUCUCGUAAAUUUUUUUCCUAUAAAUUGCUGGAAUGAUUCGUAUACAUUUUCUAAACGAAGGUACUACUCCACGAAUGUAUGCUGGAAUUCACACAUCUGUAUCUCUCCGUAUCGUAUGAAUGAUGGACAUACAGAUUGUCCACUCGCGGAUGAUGAAGACAGAAGUAUUGCAAUUAGCACUUGCACCAAACUGCGACAGUAUCGUUUACAAUGCUCAUCUACCGAACCACUGUGCCUUCUCCCAUAUGCAAUUGCCAAUCGUUUUGCAGAAUGUACAAAUAAAUUCGAUUUAUAUGUCUACGGAAGUGGUACAUUACUUCGUGAUAUUGUAUGUAAAAAUCGAAAUGACGAUGGUUGCCGGUUUUUGAGAGAAUAUAUUGAACAGUCCUCAAUUAAUAAGACAAUUAAAUAUGAAGACAAGCAUUUAAUUGAAAGAGUCCCUCAUCAUGCUUAUUGCAAUAGUCAUUGGGAUAUGAAUCCACCGAUUGAUGAGCAUCCAGCAUUCUGUAAGGAAUGGCUGUGUCCAGAAGGAUCAUUUCGAUGUAAAUCAAAUCAAUGUAUUCCUGUUGAAUGGGUAUGUGAUGGUGAGUGGGAUUGUAGCGAUGCAAGCGACGAGCAAGGUAUUUUUAUUUAUGUGAAUGUUUGGAAUCUGAAUCAAAACAUUGAAAACUUACGACAAAUAAUUGAAAGCUGCACAAAACAGUACACAACACAACCAUUCUCUAGCAAGUGCAACGUUUCAAUUGAGUUUCCAUGUCUAUUGGCUAAUGUAACAAAUCCUAUUGAUAUCGUUAAAAAUCGGCCAUGCAUUGAUUUAGCAUUAAUUGGAGACGGUAUUUCUCACUGUUAUGGUGACUUGGAUGAACGAAAUACAGCAAGUGGUUGUCUUACUCGAAUGAAAGGGUUUGAUUUUCGCUGCACUUAUCCGCCACGCUGCAUUUCCCAUGUUAUGAUCUGCAUUGAACGUUGUGCUAAUCGAGAAGAUGAUCAGCAUCUGUGCUUUCACAAGACUCAGAACGAUUCAUGCGGAGGUAGAUCUGAUGUGAUAUGUUUGAAUGGUCGAUGUAUUCCUAAUGCUCGUUGCAAUAGGACGAAUGAAUGUCCAUAUGGAGAAGAUGAAUAUUGGUGUUCGUUUUAUGAGAACCGAGUAGGUUAUCGAUUAGAUAAGCACGAAGAAUACAAAAAGCUGCAACACAAAAUUCAUUGGUUGUCUUUUCCUUUCAAAGUCAAAAAUACAUCUUCAUCAUUCAAUAAGGCAGACUAUCUCGUCAGCAGAGCUAAAAGGUUCAUUGCUGAUCGAAAUUAUAUGAACGGUUCUUUCUUAUGCAAUCGAGGUUUAGCUGUACGAGUGGGUACAAGUAUUCGAUGUUUGUGUUCAGGUACAUACUAUGGAAACUACUGUGAAUAUUUCAGUGAUCGUAUAACAAUCAUCACGCAUGUUAACUUCACUCAUACAGAUUAUGACCAGUCAACUAAAAGAAGUGCUGUUAUUAAAGUUAUUGCCUUGCUUUUAUUCGAAGACGAAAAAAUAAUCGACUCCUACGAAUUCAAUGCCAUACCUGAACUCGAAAAAAUAUAUUAUACAAAACACAAGUUUCAAUUAGUUUAUUCCCGUUCAGAUCCAUUUUUAAAACACAAACGAGAACGAUAUUUUAAUCGAACAGAUAUUACCAACAAUCAUCCGUAUGUUGUACAUUUCGAAGCAUUUGAAUUAACAAUUAAUGAAACCAGAGCAUUGGUUGCAUGGAACUUUCCGAUUUAUUUCGAUUAUUUACCUUCAUUUCGCUUGGCUACUCCUUUAAAAUUCCCUGAAACAUACUUGAAUCCAAUUCACAAUCCAUGUAUCAGUAUUACAUGUAAUUCAAAUUCAAUUUGUAUACCGUUCUUCAGCAAUCAGAAAUGGUCAUAUUUUUGUUCCUGUAAGAGUGGUUUUUAUGGGCAUGACUGCAAAUUGUUUGAUAGAGACUGCUCGGGAUAUUGCUUUCUUGGAUCCAUCUGUAGACCGAAUGGACGCCCUCUACUUUCAAAUAACAAGCAACCAUUGUGCAUUUGUCCUCAAAAUCGAUUCGGUCCUAGAUGCAAUUUGAAAUAUGAUGAUUGCCAAUCAGAUCCCUGUCGCAAUAAUGGAACUUGCUAUCAAACGUUUGAUCUUUCUGGAAUGCGUCCAUUUGCAUGCAUCUGUCAUAAACACUUCUAUGGUGAUAUGUGUCAGUAUGAGAAGAGCUCAAUCAACAUUCAAUUGGAAACGGUUGUCUUACUAAAUACUACUCUCGCUUCUGUUGUGCAACAUUACGAUGUUGAUAAUAUUACCUUUGAAUUGAUUCUUCGGCAGCAGCAAUGGUUUAGUGGAACUCCCUCGCAUAUUCAUUUGCGCCAUUCUCAAAUUGAAGCUCCUGUUCUUGGUAUUCUUAAGCUUCAUGUUAGUUUAACAAGUGCAAAUUACUAUAUUCUUUAUAUUAAACCCGAUAGGUUAAUUAAAAAUAUUAUUUCAACACCUGAAUAUUGCCCACAUGUUUCAUCAUUAUUAAAAAAUGACGAUGGCAUACCACUUGCCUUCAAAUACCAUCAAAUCUGUCGAAAUGAUUCAUUCCGCUUAUGUUUUUAUGAUGCGACUUAUUUUUGCCUGUGCCAAAGUAGUCGAAUGCAAGCUGACUGUUUUAAUUAUGAUACUUUUCUCGAUCAGUGUGACUCCUGUCUGUCUGAUGGAAAAUGUGUUCAAGGAGAUCCUCAAGAUUUCAAUGACUUCAUUUGUCUGUGUCCUUAUUGUCAUAGCGGUCGUCUGUGCGAAUUCAGCAUGCAACCUUUCACACUUACUUUGGAUUCACUACUAGCACUUGAUCGACUUCCCGUGCAACUUAUGUAUAUUAUUAUAGCUUUUGUUAUUUUUAUUGUCGGCUUUUUCAAUAAUUUCCUUUCAAUCGUCACUUUCCAACGUGCCAAACCACUUAAGACAAGUGUUGGCAACUGGCUUUUUGCUGUUACUAUUAUCAAUCAAUGUGCUUUAUUCUGUUUUCUCAUCAAAUUAAUACAUAUUUCCUUGGGAUCCACAGUCGGAUUGACUAAUAAUGCAUGGUGCAAAGCAAUAAACUAUCUUUUGGAUGUAUUCACACGGACUACUUUUUGGCUUACAAGUUGGAUUACUGUCGAUCGACUUCUGAUGAUUAUUUUUCCUACUCUGCCAAUCAUCAAGAAUCCCGGUAUUGCCAUCUGGUCAAGUAUUGUAACUCUGAUUUCAUUGUCGGCAAUGCAUAUUCAUGACAUCUUCUUUUCAAUCUCAAUUCGUCAACCUGACUCGAACAUUUCGUUAUGCGUGAUUAAUUUUGGACAUCAACCGGCCGUCGCUGAGUACAAUCGACUGAGCACAUCUCUUCAUUAUAUAGUUCCAUUUCUUUUGCAAACUGUUUCAAUCAUUCUCCUUAUUGUUUUAGUUACUCGUCAACGAACAAAAACGGCAGGACACCAUGUAACACUUCGUCAGAUAAUGAAAAAACAGUUGAUGGCACAGAAAGAACUCUUUGUGACAUCGUCUAUCAUUGUUCUGUCGGCGUUACCUCAAGUUAUUCUUUCAUUUAGCUUGACCUGUAGGACAUUGAUGAGUUGGCAACGGCAUGGACUCUUGAUUGCUUAUUUUCUGUCAUAUGCUCCUCAAACACUUAGCUUUCUUGUACAUGUGAUACCUUCUACUAAUUAUAAGCAGGAAUUUCACCAAUCAUCCGUAGCUAUGAGCUUGCAAAACUGGUUCAAACCGACGUCAAAGCAUAACAACUCAUUUCUCACAAACAACAAACCAUAA